GAUAAUUUUAGAUUUCUAACAAAAUUAUCAUUUCAGAUAAUCGUAUUGCUUCCCCUCAAAGAGUUGGAUAAUAAAAGCCUUCACUUCUUUUAAUGUGGUGAUACAAUAAUUACAUGGGCCACAGGUAAGUGACUAGAUCCACUAAUUUAAAUAUAUUAGAUGAAAUCCACAUCAUAAAUGAGUUUGAGGCCAUUUAAGAUAGUUUUCAUUAGUGCUUAUCUGAUAUAGAAGAUUACAAUAGGAAAAUUUUGGAUUUUAUUUAGACAUCCCUUUUGGGUGUCGAUUUGAUAAGAAGUAAGUGAC